AUGGCAGCUCUCCUCAACACAGUUACUCCGCCUUCAACUACUGUAAAAUUAUCCACUACAAGUACCCGGUGCCCAAUUCCCAACCGGUUUCAACCUCCUCCUCAAUUACUUUCUUCCCCUCUUUCCCUCUCUCAAACUUCAACUCGGAGAAAAUUGGUUGUGAGAGCUGCAGAAACCGACACGGAUGAAGUAAAAGCUAAAGUACCAGAUAAGGCUCCGGCUGCUCAGAGUGGUUCAAGCAUUAAUCAGAUUCUUGGAAUUAAAGGAGCUAAGCAAGAAACGGAUAAAUGGAAGAUUCGGGUUCAACUUAUGAAGCCGGUUACUUGGCCUCCACUUGUAUGGGGUGUGGUCUGUGGAGCUGCAGCUUCUGGAAACUUCCACUGGACGUUGGAGGAUGUAGCAAAAUCAGUAGUCUGCAUGUUGAUGUCUGGUCCAUGUCUAACUGGAUAUACUCAGACAAUAAACGAUUGGUAUGAUCGAGAGAUUGACGCAAUUAAUGAACCUUAUCGGCCAAUCCCUUCUGGAGCAAUAUCUGAAAAUGAGGUGAUUACCCAAGUAUGGGUGUUGCUUCUUGGUGGCCUAGGUUUGGCUGGUAUAUUGGAUGUCUGGGCAGGGCACAACUUCCCAACAAUAUUUUACCUUGCUCUUGGCGGUUCUUUGCUAUCCUAUAUAUAUUCAGCACCUCCUCUAAAGCUUAAACAGAAUGGAUGGAUAGGUAAUUUUGCUCUUGGAGCUAGUUACAUCAGUCUGCCAUGGUGGGCUGGUCAAGCUCUCUUUGGAACCCUUACACCUGACAUAAUUGUUCUCACACUCUUGUAUAGCAUAGCUGGGCUAGGUAUUGCCAUCGUAAAUGAUUUCAAAAGUGUUGAAGGUGAUAGAGCCAUGGGGCUGCAGUCCCUUCCAGUAGCUUUUGGCACUGAGACUGCUAAGUGGAUUUGUGUUGGAGCUAUUGACGUGACCCAGAUAUCAGUUGCAGGGUAUCUUCUUGGUAGUGGAAAACCUUAUUAUGCAUUAGCGCUCUUGGGUUUGAUUGUACCGCAAGUCUUUUUCCAGUUUAAGUACUUCCUAAAAGACCCUGUGAAGUACGAUGUCAAAUAUCAGGCUAGUGCGCAACCGUUUCUUAUACUGGGCCUUCUCGUUACUGCUUUAGCAACAAGUAGCGGGUCUUAA